AUGGGUAUGCAAGCCCCACGGAGCAGGACGAUAGUAUGCACGCAGCCGCGACGCGUCGCCGCCGUGACGAUCGCACAGCGCGUGGCCCAGGAAAUGGGCUGCCAGGUGGGCGAAGAGGUUGGCUAUGCUGUUCGAUUCGAGGAGAAGUGGAAUCCAGAUCGCACCAAGAUCAAGUUCGUCACGGACGGUCUGUUGCUGAGGGAGACAAUGCGAGACCCGCUGCUAUCUCGCUACUCCGUCGUGAUGCUGGAUGAAGCUCAUGAGCGAAAUUUGGAGACUGAUCUUCUGUUGGGGCUAAUCAAGAAGAUUCAGAGAAAGCGACCGGAUCUGCGGGUGAUCAUCGCAUCGGCUACAUUGCAGGUGGAUACGUUCGUGAAGUUCUUUAGAAGGAAGGAGAAGGAUCCCGAACAGGUUUCAAAGUCCUCUGGUCGACCGUCACAGAUGCAAAACGAUGUAGUUGCGGUUUCGGUGGAAGGUCGACAAUUUCCCGUUGAUGUCGAAUACCUCCAGGAACCAUGUGGAGACUAUCUGCAGAAGGCAAUCGAUACCGUACUCGCUAUAGACGAGCACGAAGGUGAAGGCGACGUUCUGGUGUUCUUACCUGGUCAGGAAGAGAUCGAUUUUGUUGUGAGGACGCUGAACGACAGAGCACCGACGCAUAUCCUUUCCGUUCCGCUAUAUGGAACGCUCCCACUGCACAUGCAACAGAACGCUUUCCUGCCACCUCCUCGAGGCGUGCGUCGGAAAGUUAUCGUCGCUACGACUAUCGCUGAAACUUCCGUGACUAUUGAAGGUGUGGUGUUUGUGGUAGACGGAUGCUUCACGAAGCUCGCGUUCUUCAACCCGCUGACUGGGGUGGAGGCUUUAAUCACUGCGCCUGUAUCCAAGGCUUCAGCCAAGCAGAGAGCUGGUCGUGCUGGACGCUCUCGACCUGGAAAAUGUUUCCGGCUUUGCACACAAGAGCAUUUCCGCAAGGCACUUGCAAAAGAAACAAUUCCGCAGAUGCAACGUACGAAUUUGGCCACUGUUGCUCUGUAUUUGCUGAGCAUGGGGAUCCAGGAUCUGGCACACUUUGAUUUCGUGUCGCCUCCUUCGCCCGAGGCUCUUAUACGCGCGCUGGAGCUGCUGUUCUCUCUUGGGGCCAUUGAUGCUGACUGUCAUCUCAUCGAUCCACUAGGCACGCAAAUGGCGGAGUUCCCGGUGGCGCCAGCACUAGCGAAAGUGUUGUUAGCAUCGUUCCGUUUCGACUGUACGAAUGAGAUGCUCAGUAUCGCCAGUGUGUUAUCCGUGGGAGAUGUUUUCCUGGGCUCACGCGGUUCCAGAGAGCGACAGGAGAAAAUCGCUCAAGCCAUGGAACAGUUUGCGCACCCAGACGGCGAUCACAUGACGUACCUGUCCAUCUACGAUGAAUUUGUGGAGAAUAACAAGAGUCGAUCAUGGUGUGACGAGUAUCUUCUAAGCCAUCGUGCCCUCUUGCGUGCUACAGAGAUUCGUCGCCAUCUCAAGCGGUACGUGACGCGCUUCAAGUCGCUGGAGAAAAGCAGCGGCUCUGCCGGCGACGAAGGAUUCGUAGGACUCGGCAAUAGUGACGAGGCUUUAAGUGCAGCAAUCCGCAAGUGUUUGAAUCGACCCACGGUGGCUCGUCGAUCUUGCACCAGAUUUCUAUCGCACUAA